AGGAAAGAAGCAUGGCCGCUGUGUUGCGAGCGUCUCGGUGCCUAGUUGGAAGGAGUUGCAGGCAUGUCGACUAUGCACUUGUCUCCACAAGGUCUAUGGCCUCAAAGACACAGGUGGGGUUUAUUGGUCUGGGCAAUAUGGGAAACCCAAUGGCAAAGAACUUGCUGAAGCACGGAUACCCAGUCAUUGCCACAGAUGUGUUCCCGGAGUCCUGCAAAGAAGUGCAAGAGCUGGGUGCUCAGAUUGUGGAUAAUCCUGCUGAGGUAGCAGACAAGGCAGACCGCAUUAUCACCAUGCUCCCCUCUAGUCCCAAUGUCAUAGAUGUGUACACUGGACCCAAUGGCAUUCUCAAAAAGGUCAAGAAAGGCUCCCUCCUCAUUGACUCUAGCACCAUCGACCCAGCUGUUUCAAAGGAGAUGGCUGCUGCUGCAGAGAAGAUGGGUGCAGUUUUUAUGGAUGCACCUGUAUCAGGAGGUGUGGGUGCCGCUAGUUCGGGCAAACUGACUUUUAUGGUCGGAGGAGCAGAGGAGGAAUUUACUGCAGCUAAAGAACUACUCAGCUGCAUGGGAGCCAAUGUGGUUUACUGUGGUCAAGUUGGAACUGGACAGGCUGCUAAAAUCUGUAACAACAUGCUUUUAGCAAUUGGAAUGAUUGGUACGUCAGAGACGAUGAACUUGGGAAUCAGACUUGGUCUUGAUCCUAAACUGUUGGCCAAAAUCCUGAACAUGAGUUCAGGCCGGUGCUGGUCUAGUGACACCUACAACCCUGUGCCUGGAGUCAUGGAGGGAGUCCCCUCUGGGAAUAACUAUCAGGGAGGCUUCGGCACUCAGCUGAUGGCGAAGGAUUUAGGCCUCGCACAGAACACAGCCACCAACACAAAGACUCCUGUCCCCCUCGGCUCCUUAGCCCAUCAGAUGUACCGUAUGAUGUGUGCACGCGGUUAUGCCAAUAAAGAUUUCUCCUCCGUAUUCCAGUUCCUGCGUGAGGAGGAGGGCCAGUAAUGUCAGCCUCCACCCCGUCCACAGCCUUGCCUUGCCAGGCCUGGCCCUGCACAGGACUGACAUAGUGUAGUUAGGGUGCAUUUUGCACUGAGGACUCUCUUUUUUUUUUUUUUUUUUUUUUCAAAGUUGUGAAACACAUGAAGCCCAGAGAGCUCCAAGACAGCGUGACAGAUCAUGUGAGCACUUCUCUCCUAUUGGAAAUCAUGUUUCCUGUGUGAUCUAGCCUUUCUGAAAUAACACACUCCUUUUUAGUUUUAGAAGCAAGUGAAUUGCCAGAUUUGCAGAUGUGGAUCCAGAGGAUGAGUAAACUGUCGAGCAGUGGCAGCUUUGCAGAUUGCAUUACUGAAAAUGCAAACAGCAUGGUGGGAAUCUGUGGUGUUAAGAAGACAACUCAUAAUCUGUCUGUUUCAAGGCUAAACAUCUGCAAACACUGUUUAGUCUCCACAUAUUUAUCUUUUGUUUGUGAUCAUUUCUUUACGUUGCCUUUUUUUCUGUUCAUAGGGGUUAUUUCUCUUCACAUUGGAAAUGUUACUUUGGGAUAAGAGUGUCAUAUCCUGGUAGGAAAUAAAGACAAAUUGUGAUGUCUUUAACUUUGUGAAAAUUUAAUUUACCACCUUC